CAUGAUUACCAGCCUGGACCGCACUCACGCCGGCUUCUACCGCUGCAUCGUGCGUAACCGGAUGGGGGCUCUGCUACAGCGGCAGACUGAGGUCCAGGUGGCCUACAUGGGGAGCUUUGAGGAGGGCGAGAAGCAUCAGAGCGUGUCCCAUGGAGAAGCUGCUGUCAUCCGAGCGCCUCGAAUCUCCAGCUUCCCCCGGCCACAGGUGACCUGGUUCCGUGAUGGCCGCAAGAUCCCGCCCAGCAGCCGAAUAGCCAUCACACUGGAGAACACCCUGGUCAUCCUGUCCACAGUGGCUCCUGAUGCUGGCCGUUACUACGUGCAGGCGGUUAACGACAAGAACGGAGACAACAAGACGAGCCAGCCCAUCACUCUUGCCGUGGAGAAUGUUGGGGGACCCGCGGACCCCAUUGCACCAACCAUCAUCAUCCCCCCCAAGAACACUAGUGUUGUGGCUGGGACCUCGGAGGUAACCAUGGAGUGUGUGGCAAAUGCCAGGCCUCUGAUCAAGCUGCACAUUGUCUGGAGGAAAGACGGGGCUUUGCUCUCCAACGGCAUCAGCGACUACAGCCGCAGGCUCACCAUCACCAACCCCACCAUCAGCGACGCCGGCUACUAUGAGUGUGAGGCUGCACUGCGCAGCAGUAGCGUGGCCCCUGUCACCCGGGGAGCCUACCUCUCGGUGCUGGAGCCACCUCAGUUUGUCAAAGAGCCUGAGAGACACAUCACAGCAGAGAUGGAGAAGGUGGUGGACAUCCCCUGUCGAGCCAAAGGGGUGCCACCUCCCUCCAUCACCUGGUACAAGGACGCCGCGUUGGUGGAGGUGGCAAGACUGACACGAUUCAAGCAGCGAAGUGAUGGCAGCCUGCAGAUCAGCGGCCUGCUGCCCGAUGACACUGGCAUGCUCCAGUGCUUUGCCCACAAUGCCGCUGGAGAGGCACAGACCUCCACCUACCUGGCUGUCACCAGCAUCGCCCCUAAUAUCACCAGGGGCCCCCUUGACAGUACGGUGAUUGACGGAAUGUCAGUGGUGCUGGCAUGUGAGACCUCAGGGGCACCGCGGCCUGCCAUCACUUGGCAGAAAGGAGAGCGCAUCUUAGCCAGCGGCUCUGUCCAGCUGCCUCGCUUCACGCUGCUGGAGUCUGGCAGCCUGCUCAUCAGCCCAACCCACAUCUCUGAUGCUGGUACCUACACCUGUUUGGCCACCAACUCUCGGGGAGUAGACGAGGCCUCGGCAGACCUGGUUGUAUGGGCCCGGACCCGCAUCACCAAGCCACCCCAGGACCAGAGUGUCAUCAAGGGCACCCAGGCCUCCAUGGUGUGUGGAGUGACGCAUGAUCCUAGAGUGACUGUCAGGUAUGUGUGGGAGAAGGACGGGGCCACCCUGGCUGUGGAGACCAAUCCCCGGGUCCGCCUGGACAGAAACGGCUCCCUACACAUCUCACAGACGUGGUCAGGGGACAUUGGCACCUACACCUGCCGGGUACUCUCAGCUGGUGGCAAUGACUCUCGAAAUGCCCACCUUCGAGUCAGGCAGCUUCCCCAUGCCCCUGAGCACCCCGUGGCAACACUCAGCACCGUGGAGAGACGUGCCAUCAAUCUGACCUGGGCCAAACCCUUUGAUGGCAACAGUCCCCUGAUGCGCUACAUCUUGGAGAUGUCAGAAAACAAUGCUCCAUGGACCAUUCUCCUUGCCAGUGUGGACCCAGAAGCUACCUCAGUGAUGGUCAAGGGACUGGUUCCCGCUCGAUCCUACCAGUUCCGCCUCUGUGCUGUCAACGAUGUGGGCAAAGGACAAUUCAGCAAGGACACAGAAAGGGUUUCCCUCCCCGAGGAGCCCCCCACGGCCCCUCCACAGAACGUUAUUGCCAGCGGCCGGACCAACCAGUCCAUCAUGAUCCAGUGGCAACCGCCUCCUGAGAGCCACCAGAAUGGGAUCCUCAAGGGUUAUAUCAUCAGAUACUGCCUGGCUGGGCUGCCUGUUGGGUACCAGUUUAAGAACAUCACAGAUGCUGAUGUCAACAACCUGUUGUUAGAGGACCUCAUCAUUUGGACCAAUUAUGAGAUCGAGGUGGCUGCCUAUAACAGCGCCGGGCUGGGUGUCUACAGCAGCAAAGUCACUGAGUGGACACUACAGGGAGUUCCCACGGUUCCCCCUGGCAACGUGCAUGCAGAAGCCACCAACUCCACCACCAUCCGCUUCACCUGGAAUGCCCCCAGCCCCCAGUUCAUCAAUGGCAUCAAUCAGGGGUACAAGCUGAUUGCCUGGGAGCCAACACAAGAAGAGGAGGUUACCAUGGUGACUGCCAGGCCCAACUUUCAGGACAGCAUCCAUGUGGGCUUUGUGUCCGGUCUGAAAAAAUUCACAGAAUACUUCACAUCAGUGUUGUGCUUUACCACACCAGGAGAUGGGCCUCGAAGCAGCCCCCAGCUGGUGCGCACCCAUGAGGACGUGCCUGGACCUGUGGGACACCUGAGCUUCAAUGACAUCCUGGACACCUCACUGAAGGUCAGCUGGCAGGAGCCUGGAGAGAAAAAUGGUAUCCUGACAGGGUACCGGAUCUCCUGGGAAGAGUACAACAGAACCAAUACCCGUGUGACCCACUACCUGCCCAAUGUGACCCUGGAGUACAGAGUCACAGGCCUCACAGCCCUUACCACCUACACUAUCGAGGUGGCCGCCAUGACCUCCAAGGGCCAGGGCCAGGUGUCAGCCUCCACCAUCUCAUCUGGUGUGCCUCCAGAGCUCCCAGGGGCACCAACCAACCUGGGAAUUUCCAACAUCGGUCCACGGUCCGUGACCUUGCAGUUCAGGCCUGGCUACGAUGGGAAGACAUCCAUCUCCCGCUGGGUGGUGGAGGCUCAGGUGGGCGUGAUCGGGGAGGGAGAGGAAUGGUUGCUGAUCUACCAACUCAGCAACGAGCCUGAUGCACGCUCCAUGGAGGUACCGGACCUCAACCCCUUCACCUACUACAGCUUCCGUAUGCGCCAAGUGAACAUUGUCGGCACCAGCCCACCCAGCCAACCUUCUAGAAAGAUCCAGACCCUGCAGGCACCCCCAGACAUGGCCCCCGCCAAUGUGACUCUUCGCACAGCCAGUGAGACCAGUCUGUGGCUCCGAUGGAUGCCCCUCCCAGAAAUGGAAUACAACGGCAACCCUGAGUCGGUGGGCUACAAGAUCAAGUACAGCCGGUCUGACGGCCACGGCAAGACACUGAGCCACAUGAUACAAGACCGUGUGGAGCGGGAAUACACCAUUGAGGAUCUGGAGGAGUGGACAGAGUACCGCGUCCAGGUCCAGGCCUUCAACGCCAUCGGGAGCGGGCCCUGGAGCCAGGCAGUGGUGGGCAGGACCAGGGAGUCAGUCCCGUCUUCUGGGCCCACCAAUGUGUCGGCGCUGGCCACCACCUCUAGCAGCAUGCUGGUUCGCUGGAGUGAGAUCCCGGAGGCAGAUCGCAAUGGCCUUGUGCUGGGCUACAAGGUGAGAUACAGGGAGAAAGACUCGGAGUCCCAGCCCCGGUUCUGGCUGGUAGAAGGCAACUCGUCUCGCAGCGCCCAGCUCACAGGCCUGGGCAAGUAUGUGCUCUAUGAGGUCCAGGUUCUGGCCUUCACACGCAUCGGCGACGGCAGCCCCAGCCACCCUCCCAUCCUGGAGCGGACACUAGAUGACGGCCCACCCAUGGGCAUCCUGUUUCCAGAGGUGAGAACCACGUCUGUGCGGCUCAUCUGGCAGCCCCCUGCAGCCCCCAAUGGCAUCAUCUUGGCCUACCAGAUCACACACCGGCUCAAUGCCACGACAGCCAACACCGCCACGGUGGAGGUCCUGGCACCCAGUGCUCGCCAGUACAUGGCCACCGGCCUCAAGCCAGAGUCUGUCUACCUGUUCCGCCUCACAGCCCAGACCCGAAAAGGCUGGGGAGAGGCCGCUGAAGCCUUGGUGGUGACCACAGAGAAGAGAGACCGACCCCAGCCCCCUAGCAAGCCGGUGGUGCAGCAGAAAGAUGUGAAAGCUCGCCAUGUGCUGCUGUCCUGGGAGCCGGGCAGUGAUGGGCUCUCCCCGGUACGCUACUACACCAUCCAGACGCGUGAACUGCCCAGCGGCAAGUGGGCACUGCACUCGGCCUCUGUGAGCCACAACGCCUCUGCCUUCACUGUGGACAGACUCAAGCCCUUCACAUCCUACAAGUUCCGAGUGAAAGCAACCAAUGACAUCGGUGACAGCGAGUUCAGUGAGGAGUCAGAGUCGCUGACCACCCUGCAGGCCGCCCCAGAUGAGGCACCCACCAUCCUGUCGGUGACACCCCACACCACCACCUCCGUGCUGAUCCGAUGGCAGCCUCCAGCUGAGGACAAGAUCAAUGGCAUCCUCUUGGGCUUUCGAAUCCGGUACCGGGAGCUGCUCUAUGAAGGGCUGAGAGGCUUCACUCUUCGAGGCAUCAACAACCCCGGGGCCAAGUGGGCUGAGCUCACCUCCUUGUACUCCAUGCGGAACCUGACCCGGCCCAGCCUCACGCAGUACGAGCUGGACAAUCUGAGCAAGCACAAGCGCUAUGAGAUCCGGAUGAGCGUGUACAAUGCCGUGGGGGAGGGACCCUUGAGCCCACCACAAGAGGUCUUUGUCGGAGAGGCAGUACCCACCGCGGCGCCACAGAACGUGGCCAUCCACAGUGCCACAGCCACGCAGCUAGAUGUGACCUGGGAGCCACCCCCACUGAACAGCCAGAAUGGAGACAUCCAAGGAUACAAGAUUUAUUUCUGGGAAGUCCAGCGGAGGAACCUCACGGAGAGGGUGAAGACACUUUUCCUGGCUGAGAACAGUGUGAAACUCAAGAACCUGACUGGCUACACAGCCUACAUGGUCAGCAUAGCGGCCUUCAAUGCUGCUGGGGAUGGGCCGCGGAGCACCCCUACCCAAGGCCAGACUCAGCAAGCAGCCCCCAGCGCCCCAGGCUCGGUCAAGUUCAGCGAGCUGACCACAACCUCGGUGAAUGUGUCCUGGGAAGCCCCACAGUUCCCCAAUGGUCCCCUGGAGGGCUACAGGCUGGUGUAUGAGCCCUGCACCCCCGUGGAUGGGGUCAGCAAGAUUGUGACAGUGGAUGUGAAGGGGAAUAGCCCACUGUGGCUGAAGGUGAAGGACCUGGCGGAGGGCAUGACCUAUCGCUUCCGCAUCAAAGCCAAGACCUUCACCUAUGGGCCUGAGAUUGAAGCCAACAUCACCACAGGCCCUGGAGAAGGUGCCCCAGGACCACCGGGAGUGCCAAUCAUUGUUCGGUACAGCUCAGCCAUUGCCAUCCAUUGGUCCAGUGGAGAUCCGGGUAAAGGACCCAUCACACGCUAUGUAAUAGAGGCCAGGCCUUCAGAUGAGGGGCUCUGGGACAUCCUCAUCAAGGACAUCCCCAAGGAGGUAACUUCCUACACCUUCAGCAUGGACAUCCUGAAGCCAGGAGUGAGCUACGAUUUCCGGGUCAUCGCAGUCAAUGACUACGGCUUUGGCACUCCCAGCAGCCCCUCUCAGUCUGUGCCAGCCCAGAAAGCCAGCCCCUUCUAUGAGGAAUGGUGGUUCUUGGUGGUCAUUGCCCUCGUGGGCCUCAUCUUUAUCCUGCUUCUGGUCUUCGUACUCAUCAUCCGAGGUCAGAGCAAGAAGUACUCCAAGAAAACAGACGCGGGAGGCAAUACCAAGUCAGGAGCCCUUGGCCAUGGGGAGAUGCUGAGCUUGGAUGAAAGCAGUUUUCCUGCUCUGGAGCUCAACAACCGACGGCUGUCUGUAAAGAACUCUUUCUGCAGGAAGAAUGGCUUGUACACCAGGUCCCCUCCCAGGCCCAGUCCAGGCAGCCUACACUACUCUGAUGAAGAUGUCACCAAGUAUAAUGACCUCAUCCCAGCUGAGAGCAGCAGCCUGACAGAGAAACCCUCGGAAAUCUCCGACUCCCAGGGAAGCGACAGCGAGUAUGAAGUGGACACCAACCCUCAGAAAGUCCACUCCUUCGUCAACCAUUACAUCAGUGACCCCACAUACUACAACUCUUGGCGGCGCCAGCAGAAAGGCAUCUCUCGGGCCCAGGCCUACAGCUACACAGAGAGUGAUUCUGGCGAACCUGACCACGUCACUGUCCCCAAUAGCAACAGCACCCAGCAGGGCAGCCUUUUCCGGCCCAAGGCCAGCCGGACUCCAACACCCCAAAACCCCCCAAACCCCCCAAGUCAGCAAAGCACCCUCUACCGCCCCCCCAGCAGCCUUGCCCCUGGCUCCCGGGCACCCAUAGCAGGGUUCUCAUCCUUUGUUUGACGACAGAAGAGGAAAAAGAGUGAAAAAAAAAAAAAAUGA